CACCAUGUCCCAUCCCCGGUACAACCCCUAUGCCUCUGGGAACCAAAGUUCUACGCAGGGGCAAUAUGGAUUCUCCAGUUCUCAAGCAGAAAGGGACCCUCGGAGGGCAGCUUCUCGUCUUGGACCUGGGUCUAGCUCCUCUGUGAUUCCUGACAACUCAAAGGGAAUGUUACCAUCACUGAUGUCCCAGUCACUGAACUACAGGCCUGAACAUAGUAGGGCCACAGUGGAUGAGGAUAUAGAAAGGUCUGUAGAAUUGCAUAUUAGCAGAGCCAGAGAGGGGGUGAGCUUUCUUGGAAAACAGAUGCAUCAACCCAUAGACAAGGGCUCUCGUUUUACCAGCACACAAAGGGAUGAGUUUCGCUCUUCAGGAACAGGAACUGGCUCCUAUCCAAUGUCCUCAAGUUCUGCCUCUAUGGGACAUAGACACUCGGAAGUUGAAGGUGGCAGUAACUCCUUGGAUUGGUCGCUGAACCGCAAUAGGUCCACUGCUGACGACUCUCAGUUUUAUUCAUCAUCUGCUUCGUCUAAAUAUGCAAGCGAUAGUGACGGUAGGUUUAAUGCCCCCAGUGAAAGAGAACCUGAAAUUCAGUCCAUUCCAGGGUUAGAUGAUUGCGACUAUCCAGCGCCAGACAAACCUGCAGCUCCUGCAGACUCCAGUCGACCUAAGUACACCUCUCAAUCAGCUGCUAACAUCCUUAUGCAUUUUGGACUUGAGAAAGAGGACUUGGAACAUCUCAUCUCCUAUCCUGAAGACCAGAUUACUCCUGCUAACCUGCCGUUCAUCUUGCGGCAAAUCCGCAUUCAGAAGGCCAAGAGAACUGCACCUGCAAGUCAGUCAAAACCCUACCCUGAACCCCAACCCACCAGAAGUGUGAGUGGAAUGGACAGUCACGGUUUCAGUACUUCUGGAGGGGCAGGAAUGCGCCAGGAAAAAAUAUCAUCAGCUGUUCUCCAGCCAAGUAAAGUGAUUGACUACGGCCAUACUGGGAAAUAUACCGGAGUGAUCGGGGAUGAGGUCAACAGUGCUGGCGGUGGAAGUAUGUCGAUCAUGGACACUUAUGAUAGUAGCAGACACAGUCAAGAACCGCUGCAAAAACAUACAACAGAGUUAAAAAGCGGUGUCUUGGGUUCUUCACGCGAGCAGGCAAGUUCUGUUACCGGUCUGAGCUCUUCGUACAGGUCAGUACUGAACCCUGUGGGUCCCCCAAGCCACGACCAGACCAAACAAUUGCAGGCUCAAUCACAGCAGACCUCCCAAACAAUCCUCAGCUCUUUCUCUGUGCCGAAGAAAGACACAGACAUCAGAGGUCUCAAGUCGGAACCGUCCAAACCUGUAACUUUGAAAGAACCACAGGCAGAUAGCCAGUCCACGUCGAAAAGCCAACCGUCCUGCACUCUGGUGCGUGGAGUGCAUCCCAGCCGACCCGGCCUUGUGCUCAUUGACAGUAAAAAAAACAAUGGCGCUAAGGGUCAGAGUAAAACUCAAGGUCAAGCGUCAACAGUUACUGAGCAGAUGAAAACGCAGCAGAUCCAGCAGAAGCAGCCUAUGGAGCGACAACUGAAGCAGCAGAUGCAGCUGCAGACACAGAAGCAACCGACACAGCAGAUGGGACAAUCGAUGUGGCCUCCUGUUUAUUCUUCUGCGACCCCAGUUCCCUCUGCUCCUCUUAUCCCCAACAUCAUCGACGCCUCCCGGGUGCUGUCACGUUCGAUGUUUGUCCCUCGUCCCAUGAUUUUUCCUCCAGCUGUGCCUCCGCUUCUCCCGGCCCUGAUGAACUUAAAUCAGAUGACCCUGGGGACUUCCAGCAAGCCGCCUCCUGAAAAGGUGGCGCCCUCUAAGGGUCUGCCCACACCGGCCAUGAUGCAUGACUAUGCAGCGGCCUCCCCAAGAAUCUUUCCACAUACCUGUUCUCUGUGUAACAAAGAAUGUACUCAUAUGAAGGACUGGAUCUCCCACCAGAACACCAGCAUUCACCUUGAGAAAUGCAAACUCCUGCGAACACGAUACCCAGAGUGGGAUGGUGAGAUAACACUUGAGGCCAGAGAAACAGUUAAGUCCUCAGCCUCAACCACUGCAAAGACUUCCCACCGUCAUCGCCAGAGAACAAGGCAUGGAAGUCGCUCCCGCUCCCGAUCGCACAGUCCCCGUCGCCAACAUGGCUCAGAAAGUAGACGGGAGAAACGCAGAAGCCGAUCAGCAUCUCCAUAUAGUUCCAGAUACACUCGCAGGUCCCGGUCCCGGUCUCGUUCUUACUCACCAUGGAACGACUACCCGACCUCUUCUCGCUAUCGGUCACGAUCAAGAAGUCCAGAGAGACGAUCUUCACCAAGGAGGAGAGACGAGAAACAGUCAUCGUCGAGUAGGAGCCAUGAGAGACGACCAUCGCCAAAGAGGAGUCGCGAGAGACGAUCAUCACCAAGGAGGAGCCGUGAGAGACGAUCAUCACCAAGGAGGAGCCGUGAGAGACGAUCGUCCACAGAAGAGUCAUCCCCUCAACGAAAGAAGCCAAGCGGUGCAGAGAGACUGGCCAAGAAACUACUGGAAACAUCAGCUGUCCAUGAUCUGUCAAAACAGUCUGACCUGGAGGCUGUGGUUAAAACUCUGGCUCCUGCCUUACUGGCUGAGCUUGCCAAGAUGAAGUCAUCCUCCUCUUCUACACCAAAGAAGGACUUGACUUCAGGGCCCUCUAAAGCAAAGCCCAGCCUGCAGAAAACCAAGUCUGGUGAAUCUUCACCUGUCUCGGUGACACUACAACAGAUUUAUAAUAAUCUCUCUCACAAAGAUGUGAUUUCUGCUGUAGAGCAAUUUGGAAAAGUCAAAUCGGUUGUACUGUAUCGGUCUAGACUGGAGGCAAUCGUGCGUUUCGAGUCAGAGGAAGAUGCUCAGAAACUGAAGAGCCUAAAGACCUUAGAUGUGAAAGGAGUCGAAGUCAUUGUUGCCAAAGAAACGAAGACUGUUCCUAAUGAGCAAAUGAAGCCUCCUCAGAAUGAAUCCACAACCACCACGACCACUAAAAAAGUUCUUGUCAAGCCUGCAGUCAAAGGCUCUGUACCCCCUGGAGCCAAAGCAGCUUCAACAGACAAACCUACCACUCAAAAAAUCACAGUUAAAGGCUCAGCUAAAAGCUUGGCGGGUGUCACUAAAACAAAAGUCUUGGUUUCCAAAGUGAAAAACAUCUCAACAAAGCAUGCAACUAAAACAGGAAAAGCAGGAAAGUUGCCUGUGAAGGGAGCUGUGAAAAAGGCCUUGAUAAAGAAAGAAACUUCCUCAGGAUCCACGGCUCCAGAAAACCAACCUGACACUGUUCAACCCAAACAAAAACCUACAUCUGAAAAUUCUGAAGGCAGUGUUAAAGACUCUGUGGAGACAGCGGAGGCUGAUAAAGCUACAAACAGGAUGGUGAAUGAACCAACAAAAGACAAGGAGAUUAUCACUGAUGCAAAAGUCUUGGCUUCCAAAGCACAAACCGCUUCAGCUACACAGAAACCCAAAACUCCAGCAGACAAUUUGGCUGCAGCAGGAGAUGGGACACAAGAAGUGGCCGAAGAAACAGCUGCAAAGGCUGUGAGCAUGCCUUCCAAACCUGCAACUUCAGAAAAUCAGCCUGAUUUAAAAAAAUCCAAGCCUGAAGAAUCUGAAACCAAGGUUGAAAAGGCUGCGGUUAUGCUGAAAGACAAAGGCGAGGUUGUUGAACCCGCAAACGUGCCAGUUUGUGAACUAAAGCAUCAAGCAAAACUUGACAAAGCCAAAGAGGCUGGAGACGCUGAGCCAAUGCAGUUUGGGGAAACAGGAGUUGAAGCCACAGAGCCCAUGGAAGUUGAAAGUUGUGCUGACGGGAAAGGAGAGAAACCGACAACUGAGGAAACCAUACCAGAAACUUCUGCAGACAAGCCCAGUGAGAGUCAAGUCCUAACCAGUACAACUGAAACUUCAAGUCCAGUGGAAACAAUAAAAAUACAGAAAGCUGAGCAGACAGCUGCAGCAGCGAGUGAGCAGCAACCGGCAGCAUCCAAGCCAAGUUCAACUGCAGUUACCGAUCUGACUAUUGGAGAGAUGGUAGAAAAACACCUGUCUCUGAAAAAAAUAGUGUGCCUAAAGUCAAAAACCUGUAAGUCAGCAAAAUUCUUUAGGCUUGACAGGAAGCUGGUGCUCAUAACCAGACUGCCAACGUAUGACGACGGCUGCUACACAGAGGACGACAUUGCCCAAUUGCUCAUUCCAUUUGGGUUUCAGUAUAUCAGUGAGAACAUCUAUGUUGUUCCUCAGGUGCAAGUGGCUUUUGUCCAGAUGCCGACCAUGGAGGCUGUGUACAACCUCUACACAAAAAACAAUGCAAAGGAAGGCAUCUUUUUCAAAGGGUCAAGAAUCUGUUUCCGUGUACUUGCCUGGGACAUCAAACUGAGUCCGAUCAGAUUUUACAAAUUUCUGAUGAAGCUGAUGAACUCUCCUGUGCCUGAUGAUGGAACAAAAACAAUCUUGAUCAAGAACAUUUCAGCUCGAGAGGCCAAAGACCUCCGGGAAACUUUAAAAAGAAUCGGCUUUGUCAAGAAUUACCUGCCGCUCCUCAAUAAGGUGUUCAUCGAGUUUAAGUCUGUUUAUGAUGCUGAUCGGCUCGGGGUCUGGUACAGUCUCCUGAAACACGUCCCCAGAUACGAGGUCCACAGGCUGAAGGCGCCGUUCGGCUCAACACUGCCACCAAGACUUCCUGAGAACACUCUGCCAGAGAGCAAGGAUGUUGUUGCCAGGGCAACCGUCCUGCCAAUCAAAUUUGGUGUUCCACAGGGCAGCGUUCCAUCAUUUUGGAUCCCAAUGAGAAGUCAUCCCUUCCUGUUUCCUACCAAAUCUCCAUGGUUCAUUAUACCAGAUUAUCUGACAGUCCAAGGAAAGGACAACAUUGAGGAGGCCAGUGGUCGUGCUUCCAUGUACUCCACAGUCAUGUUGACCGGUUUGCCAAAUGGGAACUACACACAUGGGGAUGUGGCCCGGCUGGUCUGGAGGUACUUCCCCAAGCAGAACCUUCGCUUCCUGUACUACAAUGUCAUGGUCUUAGCGCUGCAGCGGAGGGCCUUCGUGUUUUUCGCUGACUGGACUUCAUGCUGCGAUUUUGUCCGAGAUCACAUCGCAAAUCCGGUUUCUGUCAGGGGGUGCAAACUCAGCGUCCACUUUGUCUUACAACAGAUGAAUCCUGAAUACAGCGAGGAGCUGAUGUACAAAACUAUGAUGGAGUGGAGCAACACUGGAGUUCUAGAGCCAGAGUCUCUGGAGGACAGACUGCUGUGUGUGGAUGUUUCCAAGGUGUCCAUGAAAGUGGUGAAGAUGGUCAUGCAGGAGGUGGCGUCCAUCGCGACUUUUGUCGGCAUCCUGCCCCUAGGCAACAGGAUAUGUUUUGAAAUGGCCGACUCCAGCGGUGUGACACAGGUGUUGAAGAAAUACAACUCCAGUUUCUUUCCAGGUUCCACUAAAAGACACAUACACUGCCUGAAGAGUUUUAAACAGCGACUGCAAGAUGAUGGCGAGAUCACAAUAAAGUUGGACCCGCCCACCUUCACAGUUAAAGCUCAGCCUCCGGCAGUGUCACAUCGGAGCCGGCCUCCUCCGUCUGAACCUUCAGAUGAUAGGUCACAGCCUGCUGUGCAAACCAGUGGCCCUGGUGGGUCCACCCCGUCUCAGUCCAGCACAGCAGGACCAGGUGCCGCUGCCUGUGAAGAUGUAGAGAAAGCAAACGAGGGAGAGGCGUCAGCAACAAGUUCGAUCUCUGCUGCUGAUGUGACGUCCACCUCUGUAGUCAGCGAUGGAGUGACGAGCCCGGCUUGUUUCAGCCCUGCCCCCUCAGCCACGCCUGAAAACGUUUCAGGACUUCUGCAGAUCAACGAGGACAUUUUCAGGGUCAUCACAGCAGCCGUUCGCCAGCACAGACUCACCCAACAGAGCAGGUCCCACAGUGAGGAGAAAGCGAGUCCCAGCAGAGGCAACACAAGCUCUAGAACUGUACCAGCUGAAGACACUUCUCAAAGAACGGAUCAGGAUGAUUUCACAAAUGACGAUGCUUCUUCAUCCGCCUGCCUUAUUGAGGAGCAGAAUUUCAAUUUCGACGACUUUGUCACUGUUGAUGAGGUUGGCGAUGACGACACAAGCCGAGAGCCUGUUAGUUCCUCCUCUUCCUCCUCCCAAGCGAGAAGUAAGAGGCGGAGCUCAGGUGUGUCGUCUCCUGGCAGACAGACAUCGAUGAGGUCUUUAAAAACUUCUAAGAGCUCAUCCUCUUCUUCAUCCUCAUCCAAGUCGACUAAAGGCACAUCUAACUCAAGCUUGUCACCAAAGAAAUCAUCUGAGCCGAUCAAAUCCCCUAACAAACCCUCCUCUUCUUCCUCACUAUCUACUGAAACACUGAGCAAGACAGAAUCUCCAUCCAAAGCAUCAAAUACUGCAUCAUCAAGUUGCAGUACCCAUUCAUCCUCUACUGCAUGUGAAAGAGAAAAGAAAACAUCAGCAGCAGCUGUCCAAGCAUCAACAGAGACUCAUCCUGGGCUGCUUAGAGAAGGAGCACUCAACACAGUGAGUGCAGUAAGAGAGUCUGACCACAGAGUGUCAGCAGAGAACAUUGCUGCAAAAACUGUUGAGUCACAGACAAAAAUAGAAACAUCUUCAGAGAUGCAUCCUCCAUCACAGGGACAUGGGGUAGAGUUGAGCCAAUCCCAGCAUCUGGAUGUUGAUUUUAAUGUAAGCACAGUCAAAGACUGGAAGGAAAGCAGAGAGGACCGGAAAGAACAUGAUGUUGACAAACACGCAGAGGAGGAGGAGGAUGGUAAUGAAAACUACCGCAUCCUCGAUUCACUCGAUGAUGAACAGAUGGAUGAUGGGGACCAAGAUGGCAGCACUGAAACUCAGCGACCUGGACACGAGGAAGACCACACUGUGCAUGGGGAAAGCUAUCAGGUCUUGGACAGUGUCGACGAUGAAGGCAACACCCAUCCAGAAGAGUUCAGUGAAAUGGACGGUUCUUUCCAAGUGCUAGACAGCAUUACUGAAUACCAGGAAGCUACAAGUCAAGAGGACAGUGACCUGCUGCAAGAUGAGGGUUCCACAGCAAAGCAGCCAUCUUUGGAAAAAGCAGUUCCAGUCGACAAAUCUGAUGAUAUAGCUGCAGUUAAAGAUGCAGGAGGUAAAGAUCAGAAAGAUGAUUUACAAGUCAAAGUUCUUACAACAGAACCCUCCAAAGAUAUGGAAAAACCUGAUGGCUGUAUCCAAAAUGAAGACCAACCUCUUCAACAUCAAGACAACAAAGACCCUGAGACUGAUGUUACUGAACAAGAAACCUUCGAGAUACUGGAUUCAAUUGAUGAUCAGACGGCAACAGAAGAUGGUAACCAAAUAGUUAAUACUCCUGGUGACCAGAUAUCUGAGGCACACACUGGGCCCAUAGAGGAAGAGGAGGACACAUAUCAGGUAAUUGAUUCUUUCGAGGAUCAGCCAAUGGCUGAAUUAGAGACUGACAACAAGGAAAAGAGGACCAGGAAAAGGGAGAUGUCUGCUAGAAAAGAUGAUGGACCAUCAAAGAGGAGUGGCCCCGCUUCUAGGACAUCCAAAAGUGAAGAAAAGGAGAAAUCACCAAAGAAACAAGACAGGAUGGCUAAAAAAUAUGAGACCCGGACAAAGAAAGACAAAGAGAUCAAAGAGGCCAGUGAGGAAAUGGUCUAUGAGAUAGUAGAUUCUGUUGAAGACGAAUCAGUUCAGGAUGCUGCCACCACAGAAAGGUCUGGUAGAAGGAGGAGUGCAAGAGGAAAGAAGGACGAUAAAACUACUCUGAAUCUCAGAGAAGACUCUGUAAAACAUGUUGGGGGCGAAGAGGCUUCAUACGAGAUUUUAGAUUCUGUGGAGGACGAGACUCCCGAUGAUGAACGAGUCGUCACAACAAGAUCCACCAGAGGAAAAAGGGAAAGAACACGUAAGACAGAUGCUUUGAAUGAGAAAACAAGAAAAGAGGACACGCCAACGAGAAGGAGGCAGGAGUCACAGGAGCGAAACAGGGAAAAAACACCAAAGAUGGAGGAGAGAGGCCCUCCAAAAGAGAGUACACCAACGAAGAAGUGUGACAUUGUGAGAGAUGUAAGUGCGGACAAUACUACUUAUGCAGUGCUUGACUCUGUGGAGGACAAAGUUGUUAACACUACAGUACAAAAACGAAAAAGGGGAAGACCAAAAAAAGAGGUAAAAACAACUAAAAAAGACAGCUUAACAUUAAAGAUUCUUGAUUCAGUGGAGGACAAGAUGAUUUGCAGUCAACCCCCAACAGGACAGGCUGAGAGUUCAAGAAAAGAGAACAUUUCCAUUAACAGUGAGGAGCAAACCAAGAGCAGUUUGCCUCUUACAACAUCAACCAAAAAUGAAGAGGAGGAGGAGGAGGAAGAGGAAGAGGCCAUGUACCAAAUUGUGGAUUCUCUGGAAGAUGAUGAAGAAGAGCUGACAGCAUUGGAGGAGUCUGGUAGAGGGGGGAAGGAAGAAAGUAAUGAAACUCCUACAAAAGCAGACGCUGAAAAAGAAGACACAGCAACAUGUGAAACCACAGUUGUGGAAGCAUCUGAAAAAGCGAUUGAUAAGGAGAAGAGUCCUUAUGAGAUAGCUGAUGAUUUAGAGGAGGUGCAUGAUGAUCCCUCUGCUGCUGAGGGGUCUGGUACGAAAAAUAAGAAGAGUACAUCCAAAACAGACGUUAAGAAAGGGGACAAAUCAACGACGAAGUCCCCAAGUGAUACUGCAACACCGCAAGAGGAAGACGAACAAAAGUCACCUGAGAAAAACGACACAAGCACUUUGGUGGACCUGGACGAAGUGAGUGAGGAGGAGGAGGAAUACCCUGAUGACACAGCUGAGGAGGAAGAGCUGAGGAAGAGGCAAGCCACUAAAAAGAAGCAGUUCGCCAAGGAGCGGGAAGCAAGGAGGAGGGAGGAGAGGAGGAGCAGGGAGAGAGAAGAGAGGGAGCAGGAGCGAAGGAGCCGGAGCAGCAGCAGAGGAGGAGGAGGUGAAAGGGGAGGCAUGAGGAGGACCAGGGAGAGGGGGAGGGGAAAUGACGAGAACGCAGAGGUCGACUCCAAGGAGCUGGUGACUCUGGAUGAGGUGGGAGCAGAUGUGGCCGAAGGGGAAAGCGAGUCAGGGAGUCAAGAGAGGGAUGGGGAGAUCACGGAGGGAGAGCUGCAGACACUCGUUACUCUGGAUGAGUUUGUAGAAGAAGAGGAACAGGAAAAGGCUGAGCGAAGCAUGCUGGAGACCCAUCCACUCAGCCAGGAGGACGAAUCGGUGGACUCCUUCAACCCAGAGACUUUGGUGACUUUAGAUGAAGCAGACGGUGACGAAGAAGAGAAGCCGAACGAGGAGCAAGCGGAGAAAACAUCAAGAUCUGCCAAACGCAAACAUGAUGAAGACACAGAGGAAACUGUGAACUUUGUGACAGUGGAUGAGGUGGGAGAGGCGGAAGAGGAGGAGGAAAAGGAAGUGGUAACACCCAGGACAAGAGGUCGACCCAGGAAGAAACCCAGACAGACUGCCGUGAGGAAAUCUACCAGAGGGAAAAAAGUGAGCACCAAAGAUGAGAAAGAGGAAGAAAAGGAACCAGCUGACGUUGUGCCUACUUCAGUCGACGCCUCUUUGUCAUUGGACAGACAUCCGUCUACGUUGUCAAGUGACGGCCAGCAGGUCCAGAAAACAGAGGUGGACGCAGCGAGCCAAGCCGACAUCAGUGCUGCCUCUGCUGGGCAGGAGCUGCACCCUCUGAACCAGACACCAGAAGGAGGCGUGGAGCAGGGAGAGGAGGAGAAGGAAAGAUGGAGCAGGGCGGACAUUAAAGUGGUGAGUAAACGGAGGGCGGAGCUCGUCGGACCUGAAGCAAAACGAUCUCGUUCUCAGUCUCCUUGUGUCGCCGCCGACUUCACACUGCCUGCAUUCAAACCCAACAACCCCCUCGGUCAGGACUUCGUGGUCCCCAAAUCAGGUUAUUUCUGUAAUCUGUGCUGUGUUUUCUACCUGGACGAGACCAACGCCAAGGAGCUGCACUGUGGCAGUCGGAGGCACUAUGACAAUCUGCAGAAACAUUAUCAGAAGCUUGAACAGAAACCAUCAAGAAGUUCAACACAAAGCUCUCAAGGCUCCCUUUCCGACUGAUUCUGACUUCAUCUACUGAUUUUGAUUUAAAAUGUAAAAAACAAAAAGACGAGUGAACGUCUGCAGCUUUUCUUGACAGAUGAGUUUAUUUAACAAAUCAGUGUGCAUAACAAGCCAUGUUGAUUAUAGCAGCUUAGAAAAUAAACUAACUGCUGUCUGGCACCUUUAUUCUUAUUAAUGAUGUCUUCAGUAAGACUAAAUAAAUAUUUUAGUUCUACAUCUGUUGUGUUUUGGAAAUAUGAGCCAAGUUUAAAAUGGAGGUCACAAACAGUUACAUGUUACAUGAGUUUUUAACUUUAAAGGAUGGUACCUGACCUUUGACUCAUCAGUGAAUAAUUUCAGCGGUAAUUUUGACACUUUGUUUAGUCCUAACUAAACACAUAACGUGUGAAUAGUGAAUAGAGUUGGCAAAUAAAUCAUGAUGAACAUGAAGCAUUUAACAGCAGUUUCCACUGAUGAGAUGAAAGCUGAUCUGUGUGACGUGAUGAGAACAUAAACAGAAAUGUCAUAUUUCAGUUUCACUUUAAUGUCAUGUUUUUAUUUUCCCUUCUGUGAUCUGCUUGUAUCUAUCUGCCUUCACGAGUGAGUUUUGUAUGACUAAUUCAAUAAAAUAUAUUGUCACAUCUUCA